AAGUACAUCUCUCACAAUUCUCCAAGUAAAGGAUCUGACUGGAAAGUGUUCUGGCUUCAUCCUGCCAUGGGACUGUUCAAUGUCACACGGCCUGCUUCCUUCCUCCUGACAGGUAUCCCUGGUCUGGAGAGCUCUCACUCCUGGCUGGCAGGGCCCCUGUGUGUGAUGUAUGCUGUGGCCCUUGGGGGUAACACGGUGAUCCUGCAGGCUGUGCGAGCAGAGCCCAGCCUCCAUGAGCCUAUGUACCUCUUCCUGUGUAUGCUGUCCUUCAGCGACGUGGCCAUGUCCAUGGCCACACUGCCAACUGUGUUCAGGACCUUCUGCCUCAACGCCCGCAGCAUUGCCUUCGAUGCCUGCCUGGUCCAGAUGUUUCUCAUUCAUUCCUUCUCCAUGAUGGAGUCAGGGAUUCUGCUGGCCAUGAGCUUUGACCGCUAUGUGGCCAUCUGUGACCCCUUGCAUUAUGCCACUGUGCUCACCAAUGGAGUCAUUGCAGGAAUGGGUGUGGCUGUGACCGCCCGGAGCUUCAUCACCCUCUUUCCUCUCCCCUUCCUCAUCAAGAGGCUGCCUAUCUGCAGAUCCAAUGUCCUUUCUCACUCCUAUUGCCUGCACCCUGACAUGAUGAAGCUGGCCUGUGCUGACAUCACUAUCAACAGCAUCUAUGGACUCUUUGUUCUAGUCUCCACCUUUGGUAUGGACCUGAUUUUCAUCUUUCUCUCCUACGUGCUCAUUCUGCGCUCUGUCAUGGCCAUUGCUUCUCGUGAGGAACGUCUCAAAGCGCUCAACACCUGUGUGUCACAUAUCUUGGCUGUUCUUGCAUUUUAUGUGCCGAUGAUUGGCGUCUCCACUGUGCACCGAUUUGGGAAGCACGCCCCCCGCUACGUACACGUUCUCAUGUCCAACGUCUAUCUUUUUGUCCCUCCUGUGCUAAACCCUCUCAUUUAUAGUGCCAAGACAAAGGAGGUCCGCCGGGCCAUUGUCCGUAUGUUUCGCAGCAUCAAAAUGUGACU